UAAUUCAGAGCUCCGUUGUGUGCUUGAAUUUUAUUUCGUUUGUAUAUGUUCAUCAUGUACCAUUGACUGGUCCAGAAUGCAAUUAUUUGUUUCUGUUUCUUCCAUAUCAUUGAUCUUCGUCCCCAGCGGAAUAUUUGAUUUUUUCUUGAAUUAAAUGCUUUCAAUACCCUGUUUCACACCAGCCUUCUGUGAAACGUUGCACAACCUGGUAUUCCAUUUCUCAGUUCAAAAAAGAAAAAGAAAAACUGACAUGUCCAUGUAUCAAUCUUCAUCCUUGCGCGGUGGGAAUUCCCUACUCCUUACGAUCGUCCAAUGUUCUUAAAUUCUGAUGCAGAAGCAACAUUGUGUGAUAUCUUUCUUAUUAAUGCUCUCUGUGCAGUACUUGUUUACUACUGUUAUUCCAUCCGUUUCUUGAUUGCUGUUGAGCAACUAGCUGCUGAACUGUGCUGAAAUUUGAUACAGUAUUAUUCUGGUAUUUCAUAAAGCGCCAAGCCGAUGGAACUGGGGGACAUGUUAUUGCAUUACAAAUAUGGGCCCGUGUGAAGUUGCCACUGUAGAAAGAUGGAUGUAGAACGGGCAUUUCUGCUCUUGUGAGAUUUGGCUACAUGUACCUGGGGCUCUCUUCAUCCAUCAAGGAUUGUGGACGCAGCCUGGAACUGUUGAAAGUUGGAGCUUGCUGGCAUUGCGAAGAAGACAUGUAGGUCUCAGCUCCAUGCUGAAUGGUGGUGGUGGUGGGGGAUUGUGCAGGGAAAGUGCCUUAUGAACCGUCAUACGGACAAGCCUGGAACUGUUGAAAGUUGGAGCUUGCUGGCAUUGCGAAGAAGAUAUGUAGGUCUCAGCUCCAUGCUGAAUGGUGGUGGUGGUGGGGGAUUGUGCAGGGAAAGCGCCUUCUGAACCGUCAUAUGGACAAGGUUAUCUUCUCGUGUUCUAUUGUAUUAUUAUUUUGAUAAUUACAUCAUCAAUGUGGUAUUAUUUUGCACGUAUGGUUAAAGUUGACCAGUUUUGGAGCAAACAGCCACACAUGGUCUGUCAUGAGAACAUCUUUCGAUACAUUGUAUGUGGUAAGCUAAUUAGAGAUGAGAGAACAAAUGUAAGCCAUAUGUUUACUUCUUACUAUUGUAUAUUGAUUUUUUUCAAACCGGAUCCUUGAAAUUUUCUAACCUGUUUCAGCAGAAAUUUUUCCCAAUAUCUUGCACAUAUUUUUCUUCAUUUGUUUCAAUAUGAAGAAUGCAAAAUCAAACAUCCCAGUUCAUAGAACAUAAUUGCCUUGCCAUAAUUUCCUUGUGAAAAUUGAUAUAGAUCACGCAAGAAAUUGUAGCAAAGAAAAUAAAAUAAAACAGUAUUGACAUAUAAAAAUGUGGAUAUCAGCAACCUGCAACCGUACCAUUACUUUUAAAAAGGAAGCAGAAUACUGGGACCUGUGACCGAACUUCUGCCCACAAGUUAUAUGUAUCUGCCAGCCAUUAGCUGCCGAUGUAGUUUUAAACUGGGACUCACUACUUGUCUAUGCACUCUAAUGCCAUAGUAAGUUAUUAUUCAUGAUUGCCAACUUCCAGGCUUUCUGCCUGUUAGCAGUCGUGCUUGGGCGAUAACUGCCCAUUGUAUGGCUACUGCGUUAUGAACAAUUAGCGUAACAAUUUACAACCACACCAUACAUCAAAACCCAAGUGAAAGCAUCUGCAUCUUACUGUUAAAUACUCCCUCUGUAACAAAAUGUAGGACGUUUUUUUGUACCGAACUACACCAAAAAACGUCUUAUAGUUCGUUACAGAUGGAGUAAUAGGCUUAGCUUUGCAAGUUGCAAGAAUCUUGAAAAUAUGAACAAAGUAAAGUGUAUGAAGAUGGAAACAUCUCUUUGAAAGUUAGGAUGAUGAACAUAUCUGUACAGAUGUCAAGCAUCUAACUAACUACUCCCUCCCUCCCAAAAUUCUUGUCUUAGAUUUGUCUAGAUAUGAAUGUAUCUAAACACGUUUUAGUAUUUAGAUACAUUCAUUUCUAGACAAACCUAAGAAAAGAAUUUUGGGACGGAGGGAGUAAUAGAUUUUAAUUUAAUCCAUACUCUGUCACGUGCUUAAUCUGGACUUUGUAAGUUGUUAAAGAAUAAAGACUAUACUGGUCUUGCCCUGUCUGUGAGGAAAGCGCACCUACUCAGUCCAUUCUAUGACCCUGAGGUGAGAUUGCAUGAUACCAGGAACCAAUUAGGUAUGAUAUGAUCGAUUCUGUCAAUAGGACCCCAGUAUGCACAUGCAUUGUUCCACAGUUUGGUGGUUGGAUUAUCUCUGAAUCAUCCACCACCUGUUGUGAUUAGUGGGACUGACCUUUGCUUACUAUGAGAGUGCCACAGGUGUCCAUAUCUACCUCAGUGAAAGAAUUUACUUCACUUGAGUCAGGCCAAGCCAGUUGCGGCCAAAAGUCCAUUCUUUUGUCUCCUGGACCAUUCAAUUAUGAGACUAGUCUGCUUAUAUAAAACCAGGCCUUGCAUUUGAGGAUCUGAGCUACUGUCUGGCUUUCACCUCUGACUUCAGAUUGGCUCUAGAGAGAUGGCCCUAAAGGUGUUCAGUUGGCUGAAUCGGAAGAUGCAUUCUAAUGCUGAGUACUGCACCAUCGAUGAAAAUAAGGCCACGGAGAAGGAAGACUCUGUGUGCGAGAGUGUGGCUGAGCAAGAUACUGAAGCCCUGCUCCUCCGUGAUGUGCUUCUUAAUGGAAUACUUGCGAUUGGCACACUUGGCCACAACGUGAACUCCCUUUGCCCUGAUGCCUGCCAUGAACAAGAUGAGUUCAUCGUCAUGGAUAGAGAAAAGGUGGAAGAAGAGGAGUACGAAGAGGAGAAGUGUGGGGACAAAGAAGACGCAUUGGCUACAGCACCAAGUGAACCAGAACCUGCUGUUGAACCUGCCAAGAUGCAUUCAUCGUCGAUGAAAGAAUACAACUUCACAUGUUCUUUAAAGGAAGAAAUCCUGAUGUGUGAAGUUGAAGUGGAGGAUGUUGCUCAAAUCCAGGAACGGCCACUUCUGAUGGUAGAGAAGGUGGAAAAAGUGAGAACUACACUUGCUGAUCUAUUUGCAGCCGAAGCAUUCUCACCAAGUGAUACAGAGGAGAAGAGUUACGAGAAGACUGCCAUUAUUGCUGGGGCAUCCACUUCAAAACCUGCAUUGUGCAUGGAAAAGACGCAUAAAAAGAAGACAAUAAAGCCAAUGCCAGAUCCGCUAAAGGCUACGAGAAAAUUAAGUCGAGCCGUGAAGAAGAUGCUGGGGAAGAAGAUCCACCCAGAGCAGCUCAAUGGACGUAGUAAUGCAGAGGAACCUCCCCUGCUUGGUGCCUAGGCUCGGUAACAAGUUUGUUUUCUCUAUCCGGUAAUCUACUACCUGGAAUUUAUUUCAUCUGACCUUUGAAUUAUAUAUCAAUGAUGUACCCUUCUCAAGGGUCAUCAAAUCGACAUGCAUGGUGUAUUGUGGAUGGCUGUUUACCAUUUCAAGGUUUCUUAAGAUUUUCUUCCUUGGAUCCCAGUAUUUAUAAUAAAAUUAUGCUAUUUCUGUGGCAGUUUUAGUGUAGAAUGGGUCCCCUUGGUCAAGUAUAGAUUUGUUUAUGGGCCCGACGACUAGCCAUGGCAUACGAAUCGCAUUUGAAAUUGAUAAACUGUGCGUUGUUUAGACUUACCCAUGUCAACACAUUGGGAUAAGAAAAUUAUUGACAAAAAAAUUCCUUGAUGAACUGAUGGUUGUUUUAAGCAGAAAGAAUGAUGGUAGGUUUGAGUGUCAUUCAAAUGUUAUUGGUCAGAAAGAUGAUUUCUGUUGCUCCCAUAGGAGCAGAGUACUUCCAUCAUUCUGUGAUCUCCAAAUCCAAUCAUGUAAGAUCCUCUGUUACGAAGAGCGACACGAGUCGAUACUCCUGGAGUACUAACCAAGGCAUGGGGUAGUACUAAACUACUACUGUGAUACUAGUAACAGAGGUGUUGCCUCCUUUGGGCCAUGCCGCCAAGCUUUCUUGAGCACAUGGUGCUGCCCAGUAGCGUGCCGCAGACCAGCACGCAGCGGCGAGCCUGCAACACGACGACGAGCACGCGCUGAAAACCGCUAGCAGACAGAGAACUAAAACAGUGGGUGGGGGGCAGCCGGCUAUGGGCUGAAACUACGAUGUACAGAGCAUGCAACCGUAGCGGACCUCUUGGCCAUACGAUACGUGAACAUCUCUGUGGUCUCUGCUCUUUUAUCGCCUUGUAUCGUGAUAUAGUUGAAGCUGUACAGAUUUGAUUGUGCGCAGACAGCAACUGAGAUUUGCCCUUUUGCUUUGCAGGAUCAUGUUAUGUUACAUUCCAUGGGAUCCCCCACAGUGCUCUGGAGGUCCGGAUUCCUUUGCUGGAGAGAAGGAUCCAACCACACCGUACUACGUUGGUCGACAAUGUUUCAGUGCCUGAUCCGCUGCCUGUUCGCCCGCCAGUGACGAGGAAUAGCCUGCUGCCUAAAUAUAUCUACUACUAUCUCUACCUGUCUAUUGUUGAUUACAUGUUGAUUCGCGUGUGAGGCUUAGCUACAGUUGGCGUGUCCUGCCCUGUCUUGCCCUGUAAGAUCGAUCGAUGUUCCCCGUGCUGUCCCGUCGUCGUCGUCGUCCCCGUGCGUCGGUAUCAAUAAACCCUCCGAUUUAUACA